AUGCACCACUCUCAGCUUGCCCCGCUACCGAGCGAUCUUCCCUUUCGCAUCGUCUCGAAAACCAUCGGACAGGGUGCUUAUGCCUGUAUAAAAAAGGCCUGUCCUACGAACGCCGAUAACCCCAUCAUUGCCGUCAAGUUUAUUCACAAAGAAUACGCUGCGCGCCAUGGCAAGAUCAGUCCGCGUCAAUUGCAGAUGGAAGCGACCGUCCAUAAACACAUAAUCGGCCAUAACAAUAUAAUAUCAUUCUACGCGACAGGGGAGGAUGACGCCUGGCGCUGGAUCGCAAUGGAACUGGCCGAGGGUGGCGACCUCUUCGACAAGAUCGAGGCCGAUGAGGGCGUGGGGGAGGACAUUGCCCAUGUCUAUUUCACGCAACUCAUCAGUGCCGUGGGCUAUAUGCAUUCCAAGGGAGUUGGGCAUCGCGACAUUAAACCCGAGAAUAUGCUCUUAACGGUUGACGGGAACUUGAAGAUCGCGGAUUUUGGUCUGGCAACAUUGUUUGAAUACAAAGGAGCUACUAAGCUAUCGACUACGUUCUGCGGUAGUCCUCCGUACAUUGCUCCAGAAGUAAUCGCGUGCAGCUCUCGCGGCGGACAGAGAGGAGCGGGUUAUCGGCCUGAUGUGGUGGAUAUCUGGUCUUGUGGUAUCGUUUUAUUCGUCUUGCUUGCUGGGAAUACGCCAUGGGACAGUCCAACGGAGACGAGCGCGGAGUACGAUGAAUAUGUUAGAACAAACGCGAGGACCUCGGACGAAUUAUGGAAAGAGCUGCCACCCGCGACUCUAUCAUUAAUGCGUGGAAUGUUGAACAUCAACCCCGCUAGUCGAUUUUUAUUAGAGGAUGUCAGGAGACAUCCCUGGUACACCCGAGAGAACCGGUAUUUGACACCGGACGGCAGGCUCGGUGACCCGAUCAACUUGGCAACAUCCAUGUUUGAGUCGUUACACAUCGACCUGACACGACCGGUAUCCCGGGCCGCAAAUGUUGGCACACCCGGGCCGGAUCGCAUGGGCGUGGAUAUAGAUGAUAUGGACCAUAGGCUCCCAUCUACACAACCCGAGAUGGUGAGAGCAGACAUGUUGGUCGACUGGGAUAUGCCUCAUCUGGCCGAUACAUUCUCAUCUACCCAGCCCUCCGGCAGGCCCUUAAUUGUGGAUGACACCCUGCUAGCUGACAACCUCGAAGAAGAACCGUCUAUGUCCCAAUUCUCCCCCCAUCCUUCCGUGCCUCUGAGCCGGACUCAGAAAGCGCAAAGAUUCGGUGACAUUAUACCUCUACGUACUAUGACCCGUUUCUUCUCUAUUUGGGAACUUAAGCUUCUGGUUCCUUUAAUUUGUGAAGCCUUGCAUCGUCUGGGGGUCCCUGUGCCUACAAUUCCUGCGGUUUCGCAAGGAGAUAGCGGUGCAAUGAUCCGGGUUGUUACGAAUGACUCCAGAAAGUGCGUAUUGCAGGGCAAAAUCCUGAUUGAAUGUGUAGCGGAGGGUCUUUUCGAGAUUGAAUUUAUGAAAGUCAAAGGUGAUCCGCUUGAAUGGAGGCGUUUCUUCAAGAAGGUGGCCAUUCUCUGCAAAGAUUCCCUCUAUACACCGGAAUCUUGA